GCUGAAUUUGAGAAAGAUAUCAUAUUCCCGAGAGAUUUUCAUCGAUGCUGUGUUACACCAUCACUGGACCAAUGGCUUCCCUUAGCCAAAUCAUCCUUACUCUGGUGAUCAUCUUUUGUUCGUCUCUUCCUAUCACCUACGGUGGAAGUAGUCGAAAGGAACUCCGAGACAAAGGUGAGAGUCAGUCGAGUUAUGUUUUAGGAUCUAAGUCUGUGGACCCGAGACGUGUGCUUCAACUUUCAUGGCAACCAAGGGUCUUCCUUUACCGUGGGUUCUUGUCAGAGGAAGAGUGUGACCAUCUGGCGAAGGAGACUUCAGAGGUUAUAUCAGGGGAUGGUGAUUGGAAGACUCAACUUGCAAGUUCUGACCACGUCUUAGAUGUGCCGGACCCAAUAGUUGCUGGGAUUGAAGAAAGAAUUUCUGCUUGGACGUUUCUCCCAAGAGAAAACAGUGGUCCCAUCAAGGUAAGAAGUUACAGUUUGGAGAAGUCAGGCAACAAGUUAGAUUAUUUUGGAGAAGAAUCUAGCUCUGUGACGCAUGAAUCUUUGUUAGCAACCGUCAUUCUCUACGUCUCAAACACAACUCAAGGCGGAGAGCUUCUCUUUCCAGACUCAGAGGUAAAACUCAAAAGGAGUUGGUCAGACUGCUCAGAGCCCGGUAACAUCUUAACACCGGUAAAAGGAAACGCAGUUCUGUUCUUCACCAGACACUUGAAUGCGACUUUGGACCAGACAAGCACUCAUUCUAGAUGCCCUGUGCUGAAAGGGGAGCUGGUGGUAGCGACAAAACUUAUAUACGCGAAGAAACAAGCAAGGAAGGGUGAUGAUGAUGAGCGUGUUGAAUGCAGUGAUGAAGAUGAGAGCUGUGGACGAUGGGCUGAGCUUGGGGAGUGCAAGAAAAACCCUGUCUAUAUGAUUGGCUCUCCUGAUUACUUUGGUACCUGCAGAAAAAGCUGUAACGCCUGUUGAUUCUUUGAAAAGCAAUCUCAUCAUGUUGGAAAAUAAUGGUGGCAAUUAUUGAAACAUUUUCAAUAUUACAGCUAGUCUUUUUCUGUGA